ACUAUAAGGGUUCCUAGUUGACUACGGAACCCUAAAAAUGGACAUUUUCUGAAAACCUUCAUACGUAUUAAAAAAUUAUGGAUGAGGAAAGGAACAGAUACAUUAUCUCGAGUUAAGUUAAUUUUAGUCAUAUAUAUUUCAUUUCUACUGUGUUCAAUCUCGCUUGAAAUAUAAAACAAUAGCUGAGUUACAGGUUGGUAACCCAUCCAAAGGUCAAAACAUAAUUAUGCCUACUUGUAUAUAUUAUAAAUAUAAGCAAACAAAAUUUCCGGUUCAAAGUUAUAGCAAUCGCAAGGUUUAGAGUAGUAGAGCAAAUCUAUUAGGCAGAUAAUAAAAAAACAAUUAUUCAAAAAAGUAUGAUAAUAGAACAGAAAAUGAUAAGUUUAAAAAUGGAUAGUGUAACAAAAGUGUUAUGUAUAGCUAUAGUGAUGUGUAAUGUGGUGACGGCAGUUGAAUAUAAUCAAACUAGUGAAGGUUAUGCACAAAACUUUAUGCCUAUAUGUCCCGGUGUAGACAAGCCAGCAAAGAUAAAACCAGAACAUUUGAGCAAAUUAAAAAUAGCAGCAUUCGCCGGCGGUUCACUUUUAUUCUCCAAAUGGACAUCUUAUAACCACCGCAACAUAAAGACCCUAGCUUUAGACCCUAAUAUUGACUUCAGGCGAAAGACUAUUGUGUAUUGUCCAGGGUAUACGGAACAUACUACGUUACCUGUUGGAAGGCUUUUGAUGUUGAUGUAUAAGAGAAUGGGUUACAACACGUUAAUUUUAGAAUAUAUUGACUUUACCACAUUUAUUUUCCCCAUAGUACCACGCGUGAUGCGUCCCGUCGGCAAGCACAUCGCUAGAAUGCUAGCCGACCUGACUACUGUGGGGCUCAACCCGAAGAAACUGGAGUUGCUUGGACUCAGCCUUGGAGGCGUAUCCAUGACCUUCAUAGCCAAGAGCUUCCAAGAAAUCACUGGCAGGAACAUCUCAAAGCUAACAGCUCUUGAUCCUACUGGGCCCUGCGUCAGACAUCUUGGACCGAAAGAUAGAUUGGACCCAUCCGAUGCAGACUUUGUUCUACAUGUUGCUACAAACACCGGGGGUUACGGCAUAGGCACUCCCGUCGGACACGUAUCAGUGUAUGUAAACGGAGGGGAGUACCAGCCUGCUCCCGUUUCUUUGUACUUAUGCGAUAACAUAUGCAGUCACAUGCAGGCGUUUUUCUUAUGGAUAUCGGUAUUAGAAAAUCCUGGAAAAUUCAUGAUGUUGCAAUGUGAUUCUCUGCCGCAGGCAAGAAACCACAACUGUUUUGAAAGGAAGCCAAUGGUAACAAAUAAUCUGGAUCUGUAUACCGAUAAGAGAAAGCCGGGUAUCUAUUAUUUGGCGACGAGUACUAAAUACCCGUAUUAUUUAGGUGAAAAAGGCUUGGAACGGAGUGGGUCAGAAGCUUUGAGUCACAUUAGUGAGCUUAAUGCCGUUGAUCUUCUACAGGUAUGAAGAUGUACGGAAAAAUUGUAUCGUAAUGCACGCCUUGGAUGAGACCUAUAGACUCAUUCAGAAUUCAGAAGAAAAGAUAGAUGUAGAUACUGUACUACACAACUAUAAAGAAAAUAACAUAAGGAUAAAAAUAUGGUCGGUUAAAUAAUACCUACUUUUUGUAUCAGGA